AUGUUAUAUUUAGUUCAUUUCAUACUGUUGCUAGCAUAUGCAAUAUCACUACCAACAGCAAAUGAUGAUAUUAAAUCAAAGUAUUUAAUUACAAGUUUACCAGGCUUCAAGUAUAUUCCUACUUCAGAAAUUCCAAUAAUGUAUUCUGGUCAAAUUUUGAUUAACAAAACAUCAAACACGAAUUACUUCUUCUGGAAGGUAGAAAAUAAAGAAUCAAGUAACAAUCAUUUAACAUUUUGGUUUAACGGUGGUCCUGGCUGUAGUUCAAUGGAAGGAGCAUUAAUGGAAAAUGGUCCGUUCAAAGUGAAAUCAGAUUCUAGUGGAGUGUAUCCAAAUGAUGGCUCAUGGCAUAAAGUUUCAAAUAUGGUUUAUGUAGAUCAGCCGGGUGGAGUUGGUUUAAGUACAACGGAUAAAUAUUAUUCAGAUUUGAAUCAAGUUAGAGAUUAUUUUCUCAAAUUUUUGCAAUCUUAUUUUGAAAUAUUUCCAGAAGAUUCAACGAAAGAUAUAUAUCUAGCUGGUGAGUCCUAUGCAGGUCAAUAUAUUCCGUACAUUGCAGAUGGAGUGAUGAAAAGUGAAUUUAGUCAUAAAUUGAAAGGUUUGUUGAUUGGUAACGGAUCAGUUUCUCCAAUUCAACAAAGUUUAUCAUUUUUACCAUUAUAUAUCAAGUUAGGCUUAUUUAGUAAAGAUUCAUAUGGAUAUGAUAUAGUCAGAGAAAAGCAUGAUAAAUGUGAAAAGAUAGUUGAGAAGAUAGAUGAAACAUUUAAUGAUGGACUCAUGAAUGAGUAUGAAACGAAUAGAACAUAUUGUUCAAGCAUGUUAUCUGAUCUCAAAAACUUCACACUCAAUUUAACUGCUCCCGAGGGUCAACAGUGUGUCGAUAUUUAUAAUUACAAAUUGAGAGAUUCUUAUCCUAGUUGUGGUUCAAACAUACCUACAGACAAAGCAAAGGUUUAUAAAUUCUUGAACGAUGAAAAGGUGCAAACCUUAUUACAUGUCGAGCAUAAAUCUGAAUGGGUGACUUGUAAUGCUAAUGUUAGUGAUCAUUUUAAUAAUUUGGUUGUAUUGCCUGCUGUUCAUUUAUUACCGAAUUUGAUAGAAAAUCUCAAUGUUAUUUUAUUUAGUGGUGGUAAUGAUAUUGUAUGUAACACUAAGGGUGCUUUGUUAUACUUGAAUAAAUUGGAAUGGAAUGGUAGUAAAGGUUUUACUAAAUCAAGAGAAGAUUAUGUUUUUGAUGAUGAGGUUGUUGGUUGGAUUUUGGAAGAUCGUGGAUUGAAAUUCUUUGAGAUCUUUGAUGCUUCUCAUAUGGUACCUUGGGAUAAGCCAAUUGUAUCUCGAAACUUGUUGGAAGAAUUGAUUAAAGAUAGUGAGAAUAAGAAUGUAUUGAGCAACGACAAAGGUCAAAAUGUAUUUAAAGUGAAUGUACUAUAG